CAUAACACUUUGCGAACCGUGUCGUCUGUUCAUCUUGUCGAUGUUUGCUGGACCGUUGGCUCCACUUUCUGCCGUUCGAGCUGGUCUUGCUGGUUGUGUUCUGUCAAUCCAGAAAGUCUCGUCGGCGCGCUAUGACAUGCGCGCAGGUUGCGACGAUUCCCAGUCACUUAGAAGAUCAGUGAAAGCGGUGUCGCCCGGGAAUUUUAAGUAUCGAUUCGACGCGAGAAGUCUCCUUCCUCGCUGACUUCCGGAAGGCAUCUGGGCAGGAAGGAACUCGGCGAAAGUGUUGACCCACUCUUGGGUCAGAUAUCACGAACGCGAGCAGAAAGGCCUAUCAGCAAAAACCCAGCGGAGGACCAUAGCCACCCGAAAGGCGCUUCGUAGACCUUGGAGAGGGGUGGAGAAGAACGGGACAGAACUAGACCGACUGCUCCGCUGUCUGUGGUUAUGAGCUCCGCAGGUGGGGAACUCGAUUAUGAACCGCAGAGACUAGCGGGCGUCGUUCCGGAAGGGCGAAUUGGGGAUGCUUCAAUGCCACUCGAGAUGUCAUUAUCCCAGGCUCCGAAACGAAGGCCGAGCGUAAGCACCGCAAACUCGAGGAACGUCCAAAGUAAGAAGAAUCCUGCACAAAUUGUCCUGCAAAAUGUAUUCGGUCGCUUUGUGCGGGCUGCUGAGUUGAAAGUGAAUACGCUCAUUUACACUCAACCUCUGGACCGUGAGGUGGAUCUGUUCAAUCCUUUCUGUGCUGGGGCAGACCCUGCAUUCGAUGCCCUCUUGGAAUCUGUAGGAUCUGUUUCGAAACACUGUCCGAAGCUGAUGAUCGACAGUAUCAUGGUCUGGCGAAAGUCGAAGAGCGAGAACGCCAACAGCGAGGGAAGCCGGAAUGUGCCCAACGUCCCAAACCUAAAAGGGAAAGAUCUGGAGCACAUUGUGAAAGAACGGAAGUCGCUGGUGUCAAACUUUAUUCUAUGUCGGGUGCUCAUCGCCAUCAUACAACGCUUGACGCGAGAGACCUUGCCGGACGAUCUCGAAGAGAAACUGGAGGACAUGGUGUUCGGUCAGCUCCGGAACGCCGAUCCAGAUAUGACGGUUCGGUCCGUUAACCGCCAGGCGAACAUCGAUCUUUUUGCGGAGCUUGUUGGAUCAUUAUCGAGCAUCCGGUUCGCUAGUGUCAGUGGCCGCUUUAUCAAUGAGCUGUCAAAGACCGUGGCACUCAAGGAGGGAAAGCUGGAUUUGAUCAUUCGAUCGAUGCGUUUCCUGAAACUGAAGAUAUUUCCCAUGGAUGCACUGGAAGAUACGGCCGACUUUUUGCAGACCAGCGCGGAGCUCUUUCAGAAUGCGCACACCACGCGGAUCAAACACGCGUACGCAGAGGUCUUUGUUCAGCUGCUCGAGCCAAUUGCGGCUGUCGCAACCGCUGAGGUCAAUCUGCCGGCAUGGAUGAAAACCGUCGAGUUGAUUUUUCCCAAAGCUAACAAAAUGCUUGGGAAACCACGACACUUAGCCGCUGCUCUUCCACUGAUCAGCACGCUCCUGAGCGUUUCUCGGAAGGACUUCUUUCAUAAACAUUGGGGGGAUUUUACGGACCUAUGUCUGAAGCACCUCCGUGACAAACAACUCCGCGUCAUUGCCUUAUGCUCGCUGGUCCGGCUGGCCUGGGUCUAUUUAUUCCGCUGCAGUGAGACAUCGACGAGCAACAUGCACCGACGGAUAGACUUUGUCACACGUGUUCUGUUCCCCUCGUCGCGACGUAGUGUUCUGCCACCGGAUACGAACUGGCAAUCGCUCACGCAAUAUGUGUAUUAUGUGUGCGUGCGCUUCCCCGAGUACGGCAUCGACAACUUGCUUACCAACCUGCUAGGCAUUGAACAUCAUGCACCCACAGUCUCCGUUUCUGGAGGCGGAACGUCCGGAUCUUCGGCUUCCCUGAUCAGCACCUCCAGUGUCUUGACCGGUGUGAAAGACUACGGAAGUUCUGUCAAUGGGAUUACCGUGUCAUCCUCAGAUGAGUGGUCCGGCAAUACAAUUCUAUCAACACUGGGGUCGUCGUCUUCAAUGUCGACGGUACCCCUUGGCGAAACCUUGACAAAUCCGGAAAGGCUCAUCAUCGCGCUCAGGGCAUUCCUCUUGUUGCUGGCCGACAUGGAGGAUGCACUUGGAGGAGGUCAUAAAGAUAGCUCUGGCCUCACCGCAGGAACCGUCUCAGCUGUCAACGGAAGCUUAGGGGGCGGCAAAGUUGUUGUUGAAGGGAAGAUCAAUCUGCCAAGUCCACCGUUUCCGCGUUGGGAGGCAACGCCAAAUCCCGAAUACGUCGGUAUAGCUGAAUUGGUGAAAAUGCGCGAAAGAGGAACCUCCGACUCGCGGCAAAGCAACAUCCGCGAGCUUCUGUCCGAGAGCGUGCUGAAUCGAAUGGGGACGAGUAUGAAGGAUUCGAUAGAACGAUUCAAUGAUGCUCUGGGCAAAGUUGCGUCAUCACUCGACAAUACGUGUGGCUGGUCUAUGCUGACGGAAACUGGACUGAUGCUUGCGACCAUGAACGCUCUCGGGUCCGCAGCUGCUGGCCUGCGUCGUGGAAGUGUUUCCGAUACGGCCAACAGUAACGGCUCAGGCGGUGGAACUGAGAAGGAUGGGAGAAGCAGCGUACUGGAUGUCGUAUCCAAAGACCGUCAGCUAUUGUAUGACCUAAUGCACACCUAUAUCGAUUGUUUGCCCAGAAUUGUUCCGUCUGGCAUAAGCGCGGUGGCACUAGUCGACAUGCUCAGUCGCUAUGUACUUCAUUCUGACGACGGUGUGCGGCGCUCGGCUGGCGACGCACUGCAAAGAAUCAGCUCGAUUGCAUUAGGAAAAGGACACCCCGCUCCUAAGUAUUGGCAUUUCGGGGAGGAACAUCCUCUCAUGAGGGACAUUGUUCGCAUCGCGGCUGAUACAGGAACAUCGCUGCUUAACGACCGGGUUCUCGACAUCUUUACCAACCUCCCCUUCGAUGGGACGCAAGGCGCAACCCAUGCCUUUGCGGCAAAUUACAUUAGCUUGCUCGAGACGUGGCUACAAGACAUCAAGAAGUCAUUGAAGACAUGGGACGCGAUGGAAGUGGAUUGGGUAGUUGAGGAAGUUGAGAGCCGUGGCCUGCUGCUACUCUGUUCCCAGAUUCCUGCCGUGCGGCGGCAGGCGCUAGUCAUCCUUCAGAUGGCUGUAGACCUUGAAAGUGCGAUGAAGGGCACAGAUCCACAUGGGCUAGAUGCAUCAUUUGCUGGGCUUUCUAAAGAUGAAGUGCGCCGGGAGACCUUACGCCGACAAUCCCGUCACGAUUUACGUCGCUGGUACACGCUCCACCGCAAACUGCACCAUCCCGAUAUGAGAUCUCAUCAAACCCGCAUCCGUGACAUCCUGGAAAAAUGCGGGCCGGACUUGGUUCGUCGGUUCCUUCUCGAUCCCGUCCUCGCGUUCUCGACACGCAGUGAACAUCAGAAAUCGCAGCAGCAGGCCUGCAGGCCUGCACAAGGGAUUACAUUGAUCCAAGUUAUCGGAUCGGAAAGUCAGCAAGACACGGUCAUAUGGGCUCGGUGCUUCCCAGAUCUCAUCAAGUGGUGCUUCCAGUACGCCAACCCUAGAACCUUGCAAAUGUGCUUGCGCGACAUUUGCGCACGGCUUUCUGCUCUUCAGUCGAGCAUCAUAGCGGCCUCUGAAGCCUCCAAUACAACUGGUGGGAAAGGCACAACCACGAUACCGGGUACCGUCAAGUGGGGAAAUGAUCGUGGCAACGCUAAUACGCACAAGACCGCUUCCGCUUCCGUCAUUCCGCUGACUGACGAAAUGGUAGAUCAGUGGCGGGUCUACAUGGUCUACGCUUGCGCAUGCAUCGAGAUAUAUGGAAGUAUGACCACCGAUGCUUCAUCCACGACGUACAAUCACACCAAAGCUCAUCAAUCCGAUCGAUCACGGCCUGACCCAACCGCGAAUAAAUCAGCCAGAGAACUUAUGCUGCACACAAUCAGUUCCGCCCAUGAUCUUCUGCAAAUGGUCUUCCCAUUGCUUCACAGUGAGAAGGCAUCGAUACGUAAAGCUGCCGUUUCUGCGCUCUCAUCCAUCAACAGUCAGAGUUAUCAUACGUUCUUGGAAGACGUUCAGCCUCUGAUGCGAUCAGUAGUAGAUGAUUUACGAACGCGUGCGGCAGUUAUGCGUGGGGAUAUCAAGGAAUCGACCAGAAAGCCGGGAUCCAGCCAAGCUCUCGCUCACAGUGCUCAAGCGAAACGAUCUGAACGCCUACGAAUGGAGCUCACGCAUGUCAUGUCGCUCCUAGCAGACUUUGUUGGAUACGUUCAACAUAGGCGGAACGCCAACUUCAUGGCGAACAUGAUGACAUAUGUGCGCGAACUGGCCAGGUUUCUCUCGGACAAUGAAGUUCAAUACGAAUGGGAUCACCAGAUGCUUCGGUACUACUUCAGUGGUUUUAUCGAGCGCUUGUACGACUACCUUGUCGCCGCGGUCGGGGACUCGGAUAGCAACGAAGCAGGUUCGCCGGAUCUCGGUGAAGAGAGCUUAGAGCGCCACAUUCCCUUCGACCUUCGUUUAGGCCUCUUCCGGCUGUUCGAAAAGUGGUGUGGUUACGGGCAGUUCAGUGCUCGCACGCGCGAUAGAGAAGCGAAGAUGAUGUUGUCCGUUCUUGAUCAAGUCAAAGACAUUCGAGAACGGGGAGCGCUGACUUCAACGAUGGAAGAGCAACGGAAAGCCUUGGAAACCGCAUCUUUGAAGGCUAUGGCAGCAUUGUGCAAAGGACCGGUCGUGAACCCUCGGGAUCCCUCUCAAUCAUUUGAUUUUGGAGCCCUGGUUACGUGGAUCAACUCCAUCUUCGCUUCACCGGAUGAAAAGUUCCACGUCAUCGCGAGAGCAGCUCUCGAGGCAUUGCUCACCCACAAUCGCCGUAGCGAGCAACUCCUCAUCGACGUGGUCAAGCAAUGCUACGUAGGAGAUGUUGACAGCAACGUGACGAUGGGAUACUUUAUGGCGCUAGUAGACAUUUUCACCCGCGAGGACGGAUACCCGUGCUCUCCGGCUCGCAUGUGUGCGCUCUCUCUCUACAAAGCGGGUGAUCCAAAUCUGCAUAUUCGAAGAGGAGCCAUCAGGCUGUUACGUGCGAUAGAAGCGAGAUUCUGGGAAGAUCCAAUGACGGAUAAGUCCAAAUACAGUGCUGUAAUAUCCCUCGCCAAGGAUUUCUUCGGACCUCCAUCGCGACUCGCGGAUCUCGACGCUCACAUGCUCGACCGUGAGAUAGAUCAAGGCGAUAUGCACGAACGCCUUGAUGACGAAGCUGCUAUGAUGGCGGCUAUGGCAUUGAUCGACGAAGAACACGCGACAUACGAAGCUGCUGCUAUUGCAAGUCAACUACCGAUUGUAUAUAAAUAUGCACAAGCAAUGAUAUCCGCGAGAUUGGCCAAUGAAAGGGCAGAUAUGACUCACGAGAUGCUCUCGGAAAUGGUUUACACCUUGGAAAUCGUCGCAAUGGGCAACGGCGUCAAUUCAGGGUAUCCCCAAGGAGUGCAUGAUAUCCUCGUGUUGAUGGUACCUUGGGUGCGCAACGUGCAGCUCUCCGCUGAUGGCCCGGAUCCCUCGGACUCAUCUCAGAAAGUACGGAUUGGCUCCCCAUCGCACACAGUUUUGAUGAAUCUUUUCUACCUGACCGUCAAGUACGGUGAUGAGCAUGUCGCGGAAUUGGAGAAUAUCUGGAUGCAGCUAGUCGAACCAACGGGAAAUGCCGGAAAGCAAGGCGGCCUGGAAGGCUUUGCACCUCCAUCUCAGGAUAGGAGCAACUCCAAUACCUUGAGUCAGCACACAAAUAUGAUCAUCGAUUUCCUGCUCGAUAUCGGGGUUCAGAAACGGAACCCCAAGUUCGUAACACAUGCCAAGAAGGUGAUUGUCUACCUCGCUCGAACCGUGGUUUGCUCCCAUUUGGUUGACGCCUUGAUUGGGAGAAUCAACCCCAAGAGUAUGAUCCCAACCGGAUUGGAGGAGUCCGGGCUUGCUCCCGACAAUCGGGGACGUGUGAAGCCUGAGAUGAUCGGGGAGGGACUUCAGCCGAAUGCGACGUAUCAUGAAGCCAACCUGGAACAAGUUUUGGUAGAUAUGCCCAAGAGACCCGCAUUUUCGAAAGGUCAACUCGCAUGCGUGCUACUCGUCGAUUUGGCGGUCGAGCUGGGCUCAGCAUUACGGGCCCAUCUUCCGCUUCUUCUACAUGUCAUUUUCGUUCAACUGGAUCAUUUCAUUACGCUAAUUUGCGAGCAGAAUCGACUGCUCCUUAUAAACAUCAUCCAAUCCACUAUUCCACGAGACGUUGCAGGCAAGCAUAUCGACACUGUGCACGCCGCGCUGAGUCUAAAGGAGGGGAAACGACUAUGGGCGUUUGAAGACAUCACACCGAAGGAACAGGACAUCGAAUCUCAGCAUCAGUUAGGCGCUCUUGUAAUGGACGUUCUGGAGCUCUUCUUCGUCGUCGAUCCAAACAUCGCUCAGAGUUGGGGCGAGACCGCUCUCAUGUGGGGCACAACCUGCCCAGUGCGGCACGCGGCCUGCCGUUCACUGCAAAUAUUCCGAACGCUGAUGCCUGCCUUCAGUCAGCGCAUGUUGGGGGAGCUGCUCCAGAGAUUGGCAAACACACUCGCAGAUCCUACUUUGGAGAUUCAAGGAUUUGCUCUAGAGAUAGUGAUGACGCUCAACUCCAUGGUCAACAGCCUGGACGGGUCUCGGCUCAUACUCUUUCCACAGCUGUUCUGGGCAGCGGUCGCAUGCCUCCAUUCGCCACACGAAUGGGAAUACGCCGAAGGACUUGCGCUGCUCGAGAAAAUCCUAGCGAAACUAGGUGUCGAAGAACCCAGUUGCAGGAACAUCCUCCUUAUAAACUUGCCUACAAAAUGGAAGGGCCAAUUCACGGGCCUUCAGCCGCUCCUCUUGAGGGGGCUGUCUUCGUCGUCAACCGAUGAUGAUUGUCUCCGCGUGAUCAACACAUUAGCUUCUUUGACGAACAGUACCCUGGUGGAUAGCGCUGGCGGAAGACUUCUCUUUGCUAUGCUCGCAAACCUUCCGCGCUGGUUACAAUGCUUUGAGGGAACUCGCGGUGCCGAUAAAGACGCAGAAGGGUCGCGGAGAGAAUGGAUGAGGACAGCGCAGACGCUGGCCGACUUGAGUGAGCACGACGCACUCUCGCGACUGCUGUCCUCAUUUGCCAAAAGGAAGAUCCGCACUCGGGAGGAUUUCCUUAAGCAACUGAUAUCACUGAUCCAGGAAGAAUACUUUCCGCAGAGGGAAGGCGAGGUGUGGCAGUUUCUGAUGGGGCUGCUCUCCAAUCCCCGCUUGUCAACGAAAGCAGCUGUUCUUUCAAUCAUCAAAGGGCUUCUGUCUGCUAUACCCUCAAGGGACAUCUUAACGAGGACGGGAAGCAUGCCUCCGGUGGCCAUGACGGAAAUGGACGAAGAUUUCAUUGCUCCACUGUUGAGCAUCUUACAUACCGAACUGGCUUCUGAAGCGCUAGAAGUUCUGGACGAAAUCUUGAGUGGGAGUAUACCUUCAGGGGAAGCAAAUCUCAGACUAGUGUUCGGCGGAAAGAGUAUCUACAAGAUUGCUCGAGAAGCUGGAAACGGUCCGGAGCUUUUGGCACCAGGGUCAACACCCAGAGGUGAAGCCGGCGAACAUAGCGGAUGGUGGGUCAAGGAUUUUGCUGCCUUCGCAAAAAUUGCCCGCUAUAAUAUGACAGGCGUCGCUUCUACAUGCGGUGGGGCACGGGAGAGCGGAAGACAGCAUUCCACGGUCGGCAGAUCAGGCGCUGAAAAUGACACAGCGAGUCACUUCUCAAGCCUUCGUCCCACAAGCAACGUCCUUGUCGGAGGUACUUCGAGGGACUGGAAAGCGCCUCCGCUCGGUACGGACAAGACAACAAGUUCUACCGGAACCUUGUUCACCGGAUGGGAGAUCGACGACUUAGAUGGAAACUUGCUCAAUACGCUGGACGACCUGGAUGCUUUCUUUGGUCGAGAUGACGAGCACGAGGCUGAAUAUGGCCAAAAAAGUCUGGCUAUCGAUUCCCACACCGUCACAACCUCUGACGACUCGAACCUUGACGAGGUGGGCAACCUAGAAAACUCGUUCUCACAGGAAAAUAUGACCAAGCAGGAGGGCAAGGAAUACCCUGAAGCCUCAGCGGGCGAAGUCUUCCAUCAUCCCGAACGACCAGUGCUCACACGAGAUGUUUCUCUAUCGUCGAUUUUUGUCAAUGGAAUCUUGGGUGGGACUACUGGGCUGGACGAUAACCUUCCCCAGCACAUAUUUGGUAUGACAUCCGCCAGGUCGAAGUCCAAGAUCCCAGAUUCCGCGUCAGGCAAACAGGACAUUCCGAAACAAACGACUGUUACCCCUGCCAAAAGACUUCUCAUGCACGCCGGGGCAACACCUUUCUUGACUUUCCGUCUGAAAAGGCAAUACCAGGAGCUAGUGCAAGAUCCAGAGUUUGGGCAUUGGCUGUGUGAAGAUCUUGCCAAUGCCUUGGAGGUUGAAACGAACCGCGUUUUUCUUGAGAAAGUGGAACCGGAGGAGAGCGGAACAGGCGCCACGGUUUUGAUCACAGUGACGAUCACAGCCGCUGAACCGACGGAGAGCGCCGCUUACAUCGAGUUGCUUGCCGAGUUGUUGGGGACACCCGAGCCGGAGUCCAACCAGGGCAAGAAGUUGUCCGAGGGUGUUGUUACUUGGAGUCUGGAUCGAGAGUUCAAACCAGAUCUUUUCUUAUCAUUUAUGGGAUUGACCGUACCAUAUCUACCUGAAGGGCUAAAGGACCAAAUCACCGCUCAGGACUCACGCGCGCAACCACAGGAAGCAUCCUUCACUGCCAAUGAUGAUUUCCGACCACCAUCGCCGAUGAGCUCGCUAUCACCACAGAAUGUCGAGGCGCAAAAAGCUCCAAACCAAGUCGCGCUUACAUUAGAAAAGCCGAUCUCUCUAGAAGAUGGUGUGGAACUGUUCCGAAUCUUCCCGGCGUCAUUCGAGCUUUCCAUGCAGCUCGUUCAGGACUGGAUUGACUUUGCCACCGAUUGUCUCCAGGACCCCGAGGGCUCCGGACCCACCCCUCCGGAUGCGAUGGCCGAGAUCAUUGCCCUCGUGGAAGAGCUGUUCACCGGUCCCUCGGCAUACACACCGCCGCCCAUCGAUAGCGACCUGCACACGUUGUCUGAACAACUGCUUCAGAUCCAACAGGACGAACCGGCGUACCUCCUAGCCUUCAUUGUGGAUCGGCAGCAACAUGUUGACGCGAUGAAUGUGCUCAUCAAAGAGUACUUGUCGUAUCGACAUGUAGUGGGCGAAUCGGCUCGGGAACUCGGCGAUGGUCAGGUUGCUAUGCUCGGAUGCAAGGUGUUGGAGCUCUACAUGGAGGUGCUCAACUUGGAAGGGAUUUUAGAGACGUUCCUUGGUGUUGAAGAGCAACGGCGGAUCUAUGAAGUCGACGCAACCCAGGAACGCCUUGAAAAGUGCCGUGCCCUUUGCUCACAUUUUGUGUCUUAGGAAUGGUCAGGCUAUUCUGUAUCAUUUACUUCGUUGGGACUCCUCCCUUGUACAUAAGUUUUCUCAGUCCCCUGUCACCCUUCCGAUAUACCCUGACAUCUCUAUUGCUUUUGUGCAGUUGUGUACAUAUUUCUCCAAAUGCGUCCUGAGGUUUCGUUGUAUUUCAAGAUGUAGAUUUUCUUCGUAGUAGCUGUAUAUAAAUGAGAUCUUUUGCGCUGCAU